AUGAGCGCGAUCCUGUCGGCGGACGAUUUGAACGAUUUCAUUUCGCCCGGGGUCGCGUGUAUCAAGCCCGUUGAAACACUUCCGCAGAAAAGUGUAAAAGAUACAGAGAACCCUUACGAAGUCACCACAGAAGACAAAGUUCAACCCGAGGACCUACCUCCGGCCCAGAUUUCUUUGACAGACUGUCUCGCCUGCUCAGGCUGUGUUACGUCGGCGGAGGCAGUCUUGAUCUCUUUGCAGUCGCAUGCGGAGGUCCUCAACACCCUUGAUGCCCACCCGGAAAUUCCCUUGGCGCAGGAGCCGCAUGGAACCGUGAUUGCAGAUGAUGGAAAUACUAGUGAAGGCAGAAUUUUUGUUGCCAGUGUGAGCCCGCAGGUCAGGGCCAGCUUGGCAGCCACCUAUGGCAUCUCGGAGAGGGAGGCAGGGUACAUGAUCGACCAGUUUCUGCGUGGCCCGCAGGGAUUGCGCAGUGGUGGGAAGCAGACCAGUGGUUUUACAUGGGUUGUGGAUACAAACGUCAUGCGGGAGGCCGUCUUGGUUCUUACUGCAGAUGAAGUUUCAGAGUCGAUUACCAAAGAGGCUUCCUCUGCAGACCAGUCGGAGCCUGCUCUUCCUAAACGACCCAUCUUGUCGUCCGCUUGCCCCGGGUGGAUAUGCUACGCUGAAAAGACACAUCCGUUUGUCUUGCCUCACUUGUCUCGAUUGAAGUCUCCGCAGGCUUUGUCAGGUACUUUCCUUAAGAGUAUCCUGAGCAAGUCUCUCGGAGUAUCACCGGCGCGCAUCUGGCAUCUGGCGGUCAUGCCAUGCUUCGAUAAGAAGCUGGAGGCUAGUCGUGAAGAGCUCACAGAUGUAUCUUGGCUACCCAUCGAUGCCCAAGACGGCCCUGAGCCGCACCAGCCUGUUCGUGAUGUGGAUUGUGUAAUAACGAGUCGCGAACUCCUCUCCUUGGCUUCAUCUCGGGGCAUCUCCUUGCCGAGCCUGCCCCUUCAGCCACUCACUCACAAUUUUACCCCAUCAUUUCCAGACAAGGUUCUCGAUUCUUUCAUCUCGUCCAAGCGCCUUUUGGCUGAGCAGUCUCUCGGAACCGGCACUUCUGGGGGUUACUUGUAUCAUGUUCUCAAGACUUUCCAAGCUCGGAAUCCCGGUAGCGAACUUGUGAUCAACCGUGGUCGCAACGCUGAUGUGGUCGAGUAUGCACUUGUAUCUCAAGAUAGAGAGCCUAUCUUGAAAGCGGCUCGUUAUUACGGCUUCCGAAACAUCCAAAACCUCGUCCGGAAGUUGAAGCCCGCACGGGCAUCUCGAAUGCCAGGCGCGAAGCCCAUGGUGGCCGGUCGACGUCAACCAAUGUCCCGUAAUGCCACACCGGGCGGGGCAGGCGUUGACUAUGCCUAUGUGGAAGUGAUGGCUUGCCCUGGUGGCUGCACCAAUGGUGGCGGACAGAUUCGUGUGGAGGAUGCAAGGGAGGCUACUGGAUCUGCUCCGGCAGUUGCAGAAGCGGAUGAUGGCACUGCAUCUAAGCCAUCGCCCCAAGAGCAGCGCGCCUGGCUUGCCCGAGUGGAUGAAGCAUACUACUCCAUGGAAUCCGACUCAGAGCCCGAACCAGAUAACCAGCGGUUUUCUAUAGUGGACAGAGAGGCUCAAAUCCAUGAAAGCUUACUCCGCUGGUCGCAGUAUAUGGAUAUACCGCUUUCCAAACUGGUAUAUACGACUUAUCGCAAAGUGGAAAGCGAUGUCGGCAAAGACCAGACGGCAGUUAACGACACAAACAAAGUCGUCGAGCUUGCUGGGAAGAUUGGUGGGGGGUGGUAA